CUUGAGAGAGCCAAUGAGGCAGCAUCAGCACGUAAACAACGUAAGAGAAACCGUAUACAGAAGCAAGGGGUCUUAACAAAAGGAGCUGGCAAGGAUAUACUUGCUCAAUCUGAGGCUGAUCAGCAGACUGCUCUUGAGAGGUGUCAGGGAGGAGAGGGAUCAGGCUGCAGCCGCCAGGCUCUGGCGCGCUGCACAAAGUGUAGAAAGACUGGCCAUAACUCAUGUACAUGCAAAAAGGAUACUGUAGAUACUAGUUAA